AAAUAUAAAUGGCUAUAGUUAACAUAUUCUUGGGAAAUUGCUGUCUGGAUAUUCGCUAAACCAUCGCUUGGUUCACGUAAUCUAGCCGAGCCGUAGGCUGUGUCUGAUAUCGUCAGAAAUUCCGACCCCGCCAGAAUCGACCUUCCGCAACACGACUUACAACUACCGAAUAUCAUGGUUGCUGCUCUUGAACACCUCAAAGUCACAGACUUAACCAAGGAGGAACAAGAUGCUGCUGCAGAGUGCGAGAGGCAGCUUGCUAAUUUGAAAUUUAUACCAUCGAACAAUGGCUACGACUUCUGCGACGAUCCAAGACUGGGAAAUGCAUCGGAAGCAUUUUAUAAAACAUUUAAUCCGUGGUUAAAGAUGGGUGGUAAAAAUAUCAUCUUCCAAGCCUUCCGAUUCAAUAAGUCUGCAAUACUACCAGUGUCAGGGCUGGCACUCUUCAUACCUACUAUCACCACUGGAAAUCCCACCAUAUCAGACCAAGAACUAAAAGUUGGGACUUAUGUGCAACUCACUGAGGAUGUGCUUGUUAAAUCUGGAGUUUAUUGCCUCGCAUUUCGAAGCAACUAGUGAUGAGGUCUAGCAUGUGAUGGGUUGGGACCAUUGAUUUAUGGUGGCAUUACGAGUGCUAUCCUGCGGAUUGUUCAUGCCGUUGAUCCAGUCGUCGAUCUGGCCCGGAGGAGGAAUAUUGUGGCCGCUGUUGAUUAAGUCGUCGAUCUGAUCCGGGGGAAGGGAUAACACAUGGCCCUGGUUCCAACCAGUGAGAGUGUUAUCCUGAUUAUCCAUGUUGCUGAUCAAGUCAUCGAUCUGAUCCGGAGGGGACAACACAUAGCCCUGGUUCCAACCAUUGAGAGUGUUACCCUGAUUAUCCAUGUUGUUGAUCAAGUCAUCGAUCUGAUCCGGAGGGGACAGCACAUAGCCCUGGUUCCAACCAUUGAGAGUGUUACCCUGAUUAUCCAUGUUGUUGAUCAAGUCAUCGAUCUGAUCC